CUUGUGUAGUUGUGUGUGUUUCUCUGAUUGUAUAAAACAGAACAUUAUGUAAGAGAAUUUUUUUAUAUAUGUAUUUUACGACAACAACAUUUGACGUCAUCAGGGCGCGACGGCUCCUUCCAUAUCGGCUCGUGCAUGUAAACAUCGGAACAGCGUGAACAGCUGAUCGAAACGUUUUGAGUUGAAACUUUAUUUAAAAGUGGAAACUUUAUUCGGACACGGUGCGACCUCCUGCUGCUCCUCGCGCCCCCUGGAGGAGCCCCGUGGGGCGGUGGGAUCUCCCCGGCCCUCGGUGCUCUGCGCUCGGCCACAGAUGGAGCAGCUGCCUCCGGAGGUGUGGGUGCACGUGUUCAGCUUCCUGAGCCCGGAGGACAAGCACACGGUCCGCCGCUGCUGCCGCUGCCUCCGGAGGCUCAUCGACCACGGGUCCCUGUGGCGGGACCACACGGUGUUUCUGUCCGACCUCCGCCGCUACACCUACGGCUUCUGGGACACGCUGCGCCACCGCAAGCUCACCCGGGUGUCGGUGCGACACCUGCGGCGCAAAGAGUGGCGGCGGCUCGUCCGGUUCCUCCCGUCGCUCACCGCCAUCGUGUUCGUGGACGGGGGCCGGCUGUACAGGGAGCGCUACCUGGAUCACCUGGCGCGGUUCCCGGAGCUGAGGGACCUCGGGGUGCGGAACGCCGCCUGGGACGAACCGAUGCUCGGCCGGACCGUGAGCGAGCAGCUGCGGGAGCGACUCACGCACCUGAGCGUGUGCAACGUGCGGCUGCCGUGCACGGAGCAGUUCAUCGGCACCGUGUGUCACCUGGUCAACCUGCGGUACCUGCUGUUCCACCAGCAGGGGGAGGGCUACGGGCUGGACACGGUGAGGCCGGUGCCCCGCGGAGUUUUCCACCGGCUGCUGCUCAACCUCGGGAAGCUCCGGCACCUGUCCUGGGGCAUGAGGGGGGAACCUCCGGAGCCGCUGCCCGACGACUACCUGAGUCCUCUGGAGCCAGGAUCGAGCCGGUAUGGCGGCCCGGCGCUCACCGAUCUGGAGCUGGUGGAUUACCCAGAAACCCUCCUGCCGGAGAACGCCCUGAGGAGUCUGACCUCGCUCAGGUCGCUGACUGUUCGCUACAGGUACAUCAGGGAGGGAAUCCAGUGUCGCCUGACGUCCUGGCUCAGUCCUCUGCAGCAGCUGGAGUCUCUCAAGAUCAUCGGUGGUAAUUCUCUCGCCACGUAUACGACCACCAUCCCGUCCAGCGUGACCAGGCUGACGCUGCGUGUGGCCAUAACUCUGAAAGACAUGGACUCCAUCGCUCCUAAGGUGCCGGCGCUCGAGCACCUGGACAUCGAGCAGAACCGCUCCAGCGGCAGCCUCUGCAGACGAAUCCCCAUGUUGUUUCCUCAGCUCAGGACGCUCCGGAUACGGUUUUUCCGUCGAGAACCAGAGAAGGAUCUGCUGAGCCUCCACCGGCUGAGACACCUGGUGCAGCUGGAGCUGCUGGUGGAGCGCUCCUACAUCCUCAGAGAUUACCUGAACGGUCACCCGUGGCCCAGCCCCUGCGUGCAGGAGCUGAUCGACCAGCUCCGGGAGCUGUCGGAGAACAGGAUCACCGUGAUCACCACGAUGCGCCAGAGAAACCCUCUACGAGAAUGUGACUGUGUGUGGGAGGGGGACUGAAGAGAGGGAGGGUGUGAAAACUGGAAACGCAGUUUUUACUCUCCUGACGCGAGGAGAGGACGGAGUCGGAGACAAAGGAGGACGUCUGUCGAUGGCAACAGGUUUGAAGACAAAUGGAAUGAAAGUCGUCAGAUGUUAGAAUCGGGAAUCUCGCGAAAGGUUCUGAUCUGAUAAUCAGUUGAACUGAACAUCAGAGCAAACUUUGGCCUGGAAACAUGAGAAUGAAGCACCGGCGACUCUUAUCCAGAGAACGGAGGACGUCUCAGCUCCGACUGAAAUAAAAGACUCAAAUAUCAGUUGACCAGCGUGAACCAAACGAGGCCGGAGCCGGGUUUUAUAACUGGUUCCACAGUUAAUCCAGUUCGUGGUUUUCAAACUCGACAACAUUCGUUAAGCUCCAGCAGUUAAUUAUUAAGUCGUGUGAAUAAUCCGAUGUUACAGUCGACUGUGUCUCUGUGUUAUUUCAGUCCGAUCAAUAAUCAGUCGUUUCAGGUGAUCACAACUAUCGACUGAUGUGUAGAUGCAGCUUCGUCAUGAUUAUAAGAACUAAUUAUUUGUAGUACAUCGUGUUGUUUCUCAAAUUGUCAAAAUAAAAAGAUAAAGUGCAGCUGAGCACAAACACACAACACAGAAAGUUUAAAUAAAAUAAAUAAUUCUUUAAUUUCAUUUAAUUGAAAAUUAAUUGAAAAAAAAUGUUUAUUCCAAAAAUGGCUAUUUAUUCAAACGUGAGUCAACGACUUUAUUUAUUCUUCCGUGUCGUUAAAUGUUGUUUUCAGAAGCGUCGUACGUUUGGGUUGUGUUGAGCUUUUAACUUUUCUCAGUUUUAUCACAAUUGACAGUAAAAAUUAAUCGUUAUUUGUUUCUGUAGCGACAAAGGUUGAGACUGAAAUCUGCCUCAGUUUUAAAAAUCCUGUAGCAGGAAAACUUGAAAGACUUUUUAAAAUAAAAAACCUGUGUAUUA